CUGUACCGAGAUGCUGUCCAGACCCGUCCUCCUCACAGCUGCCGGCAUCAGCUGUCUGCUGUUCCUCUACACGGUCACCAGGAAUGCACAUGUCCCAGGCACUGUUGACCCACCCAUCCUCGGUGCCCAUGCAGACAGCCCAAAGCAUGUGUUAGUGACUGGAGCUGCAGGCUUUGUAGGGUUUCACCUGGCCAGGGCUCUGUUGGACAAACCUCAGGCAAGAGUCUUCGGUGUGGACAACUUUGACAAGUGGUCUGAUGUAAGAAUAAAGCAGGACAGAGCCCAUGAGCUAUAUGAAUACGGAGUGGCGCUCGAGGACGGUGACAUCUGUGACCAGGAGUACUUGACUGACCUCUUCGGCAGGGAGAACUUCACCCAUGUGGUGCACCUGGCGGGGAGGUCAGGGGUCAGAGGUCAGGACCUGGACGCCGCUGGCAUCAUGGAGAACAAUGUGGAGUGCUUUGUGACCUUACUGGAGGUCAUGAAAAACUAUAAAGACAUCAAGCUUGUGUAUGCCUCUUCAGCGUCGGUCUAUGGAAGCUCGUCCCAGCUGCCGUUCUCCCCGUCUUACCACGUGAUCCAGCCAGACACCAUCGAGGGCCUCGCCAAGCGGAGUGCGGAGCUGCUCGCGCAGGGAUACUGUAAGGACUUCGGACUGCGGCAGGUCGGGUUACGGUUCUUCACGGUGUACGGGCCGUGGGGGCGUGAGGACUCAGCGCUGAACACCUUUAUUCAACAGCUGAUGGAGGGGGAGGUGCUGCAGGUCUUCCACUCCAGAGAGGGCCAUCCCCUGGAGAGAGACUAUCUGCACGUUGAGGACGCAGUGCAAGGUGUCCUGUCUGCCCUGGACUUCAGCCCAGUCCACUGUGAGCACGUGUUUAACCUGGCCUCGGGGCAGGCAUACUCCGCUGUGGACAUAGUGGCACUUCUGGAGCAGCAGCUCAACAUUCAGGCACAGGCGGUGAAGGUACUGGCCCCGCCCCUGGAGGUCGUCAGGAUGGUCGGAGAUGUCCAGUGUUCCCUCAAGCAGCUGGGCUUCAGACCCAAGGUUUCACUCCAACAAGGUGUGGGAGAGUUUGUGCAGUGGGCUCUGAAGUAUCGAGAGCAGCAGAACAGGAACCAGAAGUCCAAACAUGCCAGUCUGUCCCAGAAGUUUAGAGACAGGCUUUUGUCAGAGAGAAAUGAGCGUGAGGAGAGACUCCAGAGCGAGGCGAUGGCACGAAAAAAUGAGGAGCUGAAAGCGAUGGUCCAGGAGCAGAGGGACAUAUUUCGGAAAUAUGCCAUGAAGAACAACAUACCACUACCCGACAUGACCAGGGGACCGUUCCACUUCUACCAGGGGGUGGACUCUCCUGGAGGGGACAUCAUUAAAGCUACCAGUCUGAAGAACAACCCAGAAGCCAUGAAGAAGCGUUGUCUGGAGGCUGAGCAGUGCGUCGCCUUCAGCUCGGCUGGCAUGCUGAAGAGUCGAGUCAAGCCUCCCCAUCUGUGGCAGCAGGCAGCCUUCUCCGGACCCGACCAGGGCAUCUAUGUAGCAGAUGUGGACAUGUGUGCAGCAGACCUGCAUGACUGUGAUGAGCACGCCCUCUGCAACAAGACCGGCCCUGCCCAGUUCAGGUGCACCUGUCAGGAUGGUUACUAUGGCAAUGGGCAAACCUGCCUCCCCAGGUACAGGACAGACGAGCCCCUUCCCCUGGAGGUGAGGCGAGACGGCCUCAUCAGUGUCUUCAACGGCAUCGACCUGCAGGGCAUGAAGACUGCAGCUCAGUUCGUCUUCUUCCAGGGUAUGGAUUCUCUGGGAGGAGACUUCAUGGUCGCUGAACAGUUCCGGGGGCAACCCAAACAGCUACAGUCCAUCUGCAUGGACAUCCCUCAGUGUAUAGGCUUCAACAGUAACGGCAUGCUGAAGAUGUCCAUGAGCCGCCCCUCGGGGUGGAUACGGUGGAGCAACAAGGAUUCAGACGGGCUCUACCUGCUGGAUCUGAACUACUGUGAGCUGGAUCUGGAGCUGUGUCCGGAAGAGUCCCGCUGCCAGCGCCACGCCCCCGGGAUCUACCAGUGUACCUGCGAGACCCCGCUGGUCAUGGUCAACAACCAGUGUGUCCAGGUGCCUGGUUACAGAAACAUGUCUGCUGCUGUCUAUCCUGGCAGGGAAGUAGAAGUUGGGGGGUACAUCUGAUUGGUUGUUAGGGCAAACUUUAUUGUUUAAAGAUGUAAAAUUACAUUGUGUGUGUGUGUGUGUGUGUGUGUGUGUGUGAAUCCCCUGUAGUUACAGAACAUGAACAACCAAUGCGUCCAGGUUCCUGGAUAUAGAAACAUGUCUGCCACUGUCUACCCUAGGUGGAAGUUGGGGGGUACA